ACUCAGAGAGAGCCACCGGGGCAGGCGAGCGUGCAGAAGAGAGCCGACUCUUCUCCGACACUCGUUCAUUCCGGAGAAGUCGCGGGUCACCCUGAAAUUAAUACGCGUACUCCUUGGUUAAUUGAUAAAAGAGACGGGUAGCGGCGAAAGUUACCCACUCGCAAACAGUUUUGGAACGAUGGCGCGUCUACACGCCGUCAAACUCGCAGCAGCGACGAUCCUCAUCGUCGUUUCUCUCACCACCGUACAGGCUUCGAAGUUAGAGGUGACCAACAAGGUCUACUUUGACAUAAUGAUCGACGACUACCCAGCGGGACGCAUAGUCAUCGGCCUGUUCGGAAAUGUAGCGCCAAAGACCGUGAAGAAUUUCCUUGCGAUAGCAACGGAGGGUAUAAACGGGAGGACGUACUCCGGUUCCAAGUUUCAUCGAGUCAUCAAGAAGUUCAUGAUCCAAGGCGGAGAUGUAGAAAAGGGAGAUGGUUCUGGCUCGAUAAGCAUCUACGGAAAAUACUUCGAUGACGAGAACUUCGACCUGAAGCAUACCGGACCCGGUUUCGUGAGCAUGGCCAAUGCCGGAAAGAACACGAACGGCUGCCAGUUCUUUAUCACUACAACCGCCACUCCUUGGCUCGACGGGCAUCACACCGUAUUUGGAAAGGUAAUCGAGGGCCAGGACGUUGUCCACAAAAUAGAGCAAACGAAAACGGAUACGGAAGAUAAACCUGUCAGUCCUGUCGUGAUUCUAGAGUCGGGGACUAUCGCAGUGCCAGCGCCGUUUUUCAUCUCGGACGAUCCCUACGAUAUUUGGGGCUGGUUCCGAGCCACAGCUAUACCGCUCAGCUUCAGCUUUACCAUUCUCGGUUUCUUUCACUGGAUGAUGAAACAGCUGGACAUCUAGGCUUACGAUUAGAAAGGGUCAAGAACCUACAUAGACCAAGCAAAUUAUUAUGUAAGUUUGUAAAUGUAUAUCGAGUAAUACUGGCUUUUGAGGCCGACUACACACAAGUCAAACUGUGAUCAUCUGGUUCAAGUCCACAGAGCCGCUACUGCUGUUCCAUAUUCAUAAGCUUUAUAAAUGUAUAAUAAAUUACGUAUAGAUGUA